AACCACUCUCCCAUUAGUCCAUGCAUUAGCGUAGUAGUCAAACGACCGGAUACAUUCUCUUGCCCAAAAAAUUUGCAGGUUUGGAUAUUAGGAAAUCUCGUCUCUCAAACUCCACCCCAAUUUGCUAACCAAAAAUGAGGUUUUUUCUCUUCACCUAAUCAUGGCAACUAGUCCAUAUAUAAUAAACAACUCAGCUUCUCUCCUCCACCCAGAGGUCCAUCCUUUCCGCUUCUCCAAUUGAAUAACCCCCAUUGAUAUCAUCCUAACCCAGCUUAGAUAGCAAAUUCUGACCAGAGAGGGAGAUGAAAUGGAGUUCUUAAAUUUCCAACCAGCUUCCUGGCCUUUCUUCUUCAAUGCUCCAGCCAUCUUUCCUCCAUUCUUCACGCAGGAAAUCCAUGUCCACUGGACCGAAACACCAGAAUCUUAUAUCUAUUCGGCUUCUGUACCAGGUGUGAGGAAUGAGGAAAUAAAAGUGGAAAUUGAGGAUUCGAAAUACCUGAUAAUGAGAACACAAGCGGUGGAUGGGGAGACGAAGCCGGCGAAUAGUUUCAUGAAGAAAUUCAGGCUUCCAGCUAUGGUUGACGUUAAUGGAGUCUCUGCUGUUUAUGAAGAUGGCAUAUUGAGGGUUACCAUUCCAAAAUCUUUUGUAAAGAGGAGGUUCCGUAUUGAUCCUGCAGAUCUGCCGGAGCGCUACGAAAUUCUUGCACCGGCGGCUUGAAGAGAAUUUAUUUCUCUGAUUUGUGAAUUGUGAAUUGUGAUUGAUGAUUUCAGGUCCAUUACUACUCGUGUAUAAUUUCUUAUGGAAGGUGACAUUGGUAAUGAAAUUUGGAUUAUGGGUUGUGUAAAGCUGAUUAGGUAGAAAUAGAAAUUGAAAUUGAAAUUUUAGUAGUUUGUUUGUGAAUCUCUUUAAUGUACAAAUGUACAAUAUUAACAAAGCAAGUUUAUGAAUUUGUAAAUGUGGUUGGAUGUUGUUGUAAACUUUUCAUGAUCA